UGUGUGCGUCAGCGUGUGUGUGUGCGUGUGUGUAUGUCAGUGUGUGUGUGUGCGCGUCAGCGUGUGUGUAUGUCAGCGUGUGUGUGUGUCAGCGUGUGUGUGCGUGUGUGUGUGUACGUGUGUGUGUGUGUAUGCCAGCGUGUGUGUGUGUAUGUCAGCGUGUGUGUGUACGUGUGUGUGUACGUGUGUGUGCGUGUAUGUGCGUGUGUGUGUCUGUGUGUAUUUGCUGCCCCCCAGUGGCUGAAAGAAGUUAUGAAACUAAACUAAAUAAGAACAAAAUCACAUCACACACAUAAACACUAGCUCACUCUAACACAUUAAUACUAACACACACGUUAACACUCUAACACAUUAAUACUAACACACACAUUAACACUCUAACACAUUAAUACUAACACACAUAUUAACACUCUAACACAUUAAUACUAACACACAUAUUAACACUCUAACACAUUAAUACUAACACACAUAUUAACACUCUAACACACUAAUACUAACACACACAUAUUAACACUCUAACACACUAAUACUAAUACACACAUAUUAACACUAAUACACUAAUACUAACACACAUAUUAACACUAACACAGUAUUUCUCUGAUCACAGUGUUUAGGAAUGCAGGAGAGUCUGAAGUGUGUGUUGUGUUGUAACUUCAGUGGUAUAUUAUACAGCGUAUUGUUCUUGUUCAUUUUUAAAGUUCAUAAGAAUAAACAAGACACAAAACACAGUGUGGUGACAUCAUGCUAGACCCUGAAUCUUCUUUAUGUUGAGUUUAAAGUGAUCUAAACAUCAUCAGCACUGACACUGAUGAAACGUCGCACUACAGUUCACCAGGGAUCAGGGAUUGUGUUGGAUAUGUGUGUGUGUGUGUGUGUGUGUGUGUGUGUGUGUGUGCGUGUGUGUGUAGGAAUGCCCCUCGUAUCACUUAUCUGUCAGUUCUGCAGUGCUUUUUAUAGCUCACACAGCAGCUGUAUACACACACAUGCACACACAUGCACACACACACUACCCACAUUACAAACAUAUAUCUACUAUCUCCAGACAGAUACACUACUCCCAACACACACACACACACACAGUGUGCUAUAAAUACUGGUCCUCAGUCACAGCCCCUCACACCCACACACACACACACACUGUCAUGACGGAUCAGUUAAGCAGCACCAGUGUGAGACUCAGGAAAGACAGAGCAAUGGAGAGAGAGAUGGAGACAGAGGAGAUGAAGGGAGACAUGGGGACUAAGGAGGGUGCAGUGAAUCGGUCGGCCAAUGGAGAUGCAGCCAUGAAGAGCAACGGAGUAGCAGAGACCGAAAAGUCUGAGGUGAUGGAGCUGCCACCGUUCCAGAUCAUCACAGGGGACAGAAUCGACCCCUUCUUCUUCAAGUUCCAGUAUAAAAACGUGGAAUAUUCUUCUGGUCGGAACAAAACCUUCCUGUGCUACCUGGUGAACGAGGUGCAUGGUGCAGGUCAGGAGGCUAUACUGCGUGGCUAUGUGGAGGAUGAACACAGUGGCAGCGAUCAUGCAGAGGACGCCUUCUUCCGUCUGGUGCUGCCUGGCUACGAGGCCUCCGCCCGCUACAGCGUCACCUGGUACGUCUCCUCCAGCCCGUGUCCCUCCUGUACAGCAAAACUGGCUAAGAUUCUGCGAGAGCGCCAAACGCUGCGCCUCACCAUAUUCUCAGCCCGUCUGUUCGAGUGGGAGGAGCCAGAGGUGAGGGCGGGGCUGAAAGCACUCGCAGGGGCAGGCUGUAAGCUGCGCAUGAUGAAACCCCUGGACUUCUCGUACACGUGGGACACGUUUGUGGAACAUGAUGGUCAGCGCUUUGAUCCAUGGGAGGACUGUCAGGAAAACUACGAGUACUACCAGGAAAAACUGGCCGACAUCCUCGAGUGACUAAUCCAAACAGGAAGUUCAAGAUUGGAGUUGCAGAUGACUUAUCACUGUGUGUGUGUGUGUGUGUGUGUGUCCUUUUACAUUUGUUUUAAAAACUUGAAACAUUUUGUAAUAUCACAUUUUAACACUGCUUUAAUCGUAUUGCAUAUUAAUGUUAAUGUAUAAUGUACUGUGUCGUAUGCAGCAGUGCUGAUGUUCCACUCUCACGCUCCAUAAUCAGACCAGACGAUAUCCUGGUUUAUAAUGACGUCACUGUUUACAAUGUUUACCGCUCAUGAGUACAGGACAGUGUGUGUGCUGAUCAUGGAGAAUAUUGUUAUCAGCACUAUAUCUUUAACAGUAGUAAUGAGCAGAUUUUAAUUUAUUUUUGUACAGACAAGCUGUCUCACCUUCAUUUGUUUUAUAUUGCUGAAAAACAAUGCAGUAGAAAAGCAAAGUUUUAGUUGAACUCCACCCUCCAGACUGUGGUCCAGCUAAAGAAAUAAAAUAAGUACUUUAUAUAAAGUUGUGUUUUGUUUGGGAUAAUACAGAUGACCCUGUGUGUGUUUCUGGUGCACUUACACAGUUUGACCAGCAGGUGUUAAACAUCUCUAAUCAGCAUUUCAGUAGCAGCAGAUUAAUCCAUCAUCAGUUGGGAAGUGAACUACGAUCCAUCAAUCAAUUUCCACAAUAUUUUACGGUGAAAUUCAAUUUUAAUCGACAUUCAAUGCAUUUUUUUAUUUAAUUUCAUAGUGCCAUGUUUUCAUUUUACACGACGUACAAAUAAAACUUUAUAUCACACACAAUAAAUCCUGUACAUGAGUGAAA